AUGGGCCUGCUGCCGCUUCUCGCCGCGGUCAAGUGCAACAACAUGGCCAUGGCCCGCCUGCUCAUCGACCACGGCGCCCAUGUCCAUCAGCAGAAUUGCAAGCGCUCAGAGCUGCACGCCCUGGCCGAAACACAGAAGGGUCCCUACCCUGCCUUGCCGGCGACGGUUGGUGCGAGGUGGGUCAACACGGUGCAAAGAUGGGCCAUGCCUUCGCCCGCGGUCAAGUUCUGGCAGCUGCUCCUGGACAUCGGCGCCAGUCCGAAUUGGCCCGAUAGGCACGGGAUGACGCCAUUCCAUGUGGCCUGCGCUCGCGGCAAUUGGCCCGUUGUCCAAUUCCUCCUUCAAGGCAAACAUGUGAGUGAUGUCGACAAAGCCGACGAGCAGGGCGAAACUGCGCUGCACUACGCCGCUCGCUAUGGCCACGCCGCUGUCGUGUCGCUCCUUCUCUCUUCGCGAGCCGACACACAGAUGAUGAGCAAGCACGGCAAUGCCGCCGAGGUGGCGAGAGAGGCGGGCCACGUGGCCGUGGCGGAGCUCAUCGAAAGCUGGAGCUAUCGGGCGUGUCCCAUCUUGUUCAUGCCCUUCGACGCGCUGGUGCACGUGAUGGCUUUCCUGGAGCCCAGCGACUUGUGCGCUGUCGCCCAGGCCUGCUCGAUGCUGAACGAAGUGAGCAGCGAUGACCACGUGUGGCGCCGAUUCUGCCAUGCUCGAUGGAGCAGCGACGACAAGGGGUCGGAGGGCAAGCGAUGGAAAGCGCACUACAUGGCCUGGCUCCAGCCCCGCCUCAAGCAGUACGCCACCAGUAAAGCAAGAGGAUUCGCCGGACCCACAGCCUCUGCGCGUCCAUCGCCGCCACAGUCUGCCGACUACGACCAACUUUUCAAGUUCAACGUCAUCGGCGAUGCCGGUGUGGGCAAGACUUCCCUCCACACGCGAUUCUUCAGGGACGAAUUCAGCCUGCCCUACGUCAGCACCAUCGGUGUUGAGUUUGGAAUCAAGACCAUCGAGCUGUGUGGCCAGCGCAUCAAGCUUCAGGUGUGGGACACGGCGGGCCAGGAACGUUUCCGCAGUAUCACGCGGGCCUACUACCGAGGGUCGCGCGGUCUGGUGGUGGUCUACGACGUUACCAACCGAAGCUCGUGGGAGAAUGCCAAGUUUUGGAUCAACGAAGUGCAGCGAAACUUGCCCGACGAUGUUGACAUGAUGCCCUUCCUCCUUGUUGGCACGAAGAACGACUUGGAGCAUCAAAGGCAAGUGUCACCGGAGGAGGGCCAAGCGCUGGCCCUGGAGUUGGGCGCCGCCGGCUGGGCCGAAACGAGCAGCCGCACCGGAAGCGAGGUGGAGAACACGUUCCUGCGUCUGACCGAGGUGGCCCUGCUGGGUGUGGACCCGUUCGCCAGCUCUGGCGCGGUCGGGGUCGAGUGCUGGGUCCCGAGCGCGGAGGUGCUGCAGGCGCUCUACGACAAGUCGAGCACGGGCCGGGCGGCCAAGGAGCGGAUCGCGGCCAUGGAGGCCGCUCGCUCUGGCAAGUGCCUGCUCCAAUGA